AUGAAGUCAUUCUGGAUACUAACGAUCAUCUGUCUGUUGACGGAGACCGUUGAUAGUCGAGCUGUCGAAGAUGUUACUAGUGAGAGUCAACGGGAUAAACGACAACGUAGGUUCUCCGUCGAGGAGCUGCUUAUCGCCAAGUUCCCGCAUAUUAUCACUGGAGAUUUGGACAUUGACAUUUGUAAGGCUGACGGGUUUUACGGUGAUAUUGCACUGCCAAACAUCAGAUACGAUACAGAAUGGCGCGAACAAAAGUUAAAUAAGAGCUACCUGGAAGAAUUAAACAAAUAUAGAGAAGAGAUAUUGAAGGAAGGUCUUCAGGUGGAAGAGGAAGGUCUCACAGAGAUUCUCCAGUUCAAAAACCAACACGAUGCCAACAAACAGGUACUCGGUGAACACGACAAGGUGUUCAUUCAAGAGAAGCCGAUCAUGGUAGACCGCAACCAAUAUAACAUGGAUGGCAAGUCUGCCGAUGGUUUUAGGUCAAAUGCCAGGAACGACGAUACUAAUCCUGCAGUAAAAGACGUGGGAUUUGAGUUCAGAUUGGAAUCCUCGACACAAGUCUCGAAGAAGAGACGUCGACGACCAAGUCAUCAUCGACAACUUUCGAGGACAGAAUCAACCAAGGCGAGACAACAAUCGAUCGAUAAUGAUACGUUUCUUGAAUUUCCUACUUCUACAAAUUUGAGUACCGACACUAGUAAAUAUAUAGAUUACGCGGAUAGCAUCAAAGAGACAUCAAUCGUGCAAAUUAAAAUGAGAACGCGAGGUCUAUCGAGUCGACGGCACAGAUGUCAUCAUCGCAGAAGAAUCUCUCGUCGCAAUCGCCAAACGCACGAUGCGUCGGAUGAAAUUGUUUCCGUACACGAUCGACGUCUUCGUUCCAUCGAAUUUUACGAUAUGGAACACAAACCGAAAUAUAUAGCCAACAAACGUGGCACGACGAGACACACGUUUCGAGCACGUCGAGCGGCUACCGCGAGGAAGGAACGAGUGUGGGAUCAUGGCGUAAUCCCCUACGAGAUUGAUGGUAAUUUUUCCGGCGCGCACAAAGCCCUGUUCAAGCAGGCGAUGAGACAUUGGGAAAAUUUCACUUGUGUAAAAUUUGUGGAAAGGGUACCCAGAGAACAUCCCAAUUACAUCCUAUUUACAGAAAGACCUUGUGGAUGUUGCUCCUUUGUCGGAAAAAGAGGUAAUGGACCGCAGGCUAUCAGCAUCGGGAAGAAUUGCGACAAGUUUGGUAUAGUAGUACACGAAUUGGGCCAUGUCGUUGGAUUUUGGCACGAACAUACACGACCGGAUCGCGAUCGUCACGUGCAAAUCAUCCGUGACAACAUUAUGAGCGGUCAGGAAUAUAAUUUUAAUAAGUUGACGGAAGAGGAAGUGAAUUCGCUCGGUUUACCCUAUGACUACGAUUCUAUUAUGCAUUAUGCGAAGAAUACCUUCUCAAAAGGCACUUAUUUGGACACAAUCCUACCUAUGGAAAUCCAUGGGAAGAAGAGACCUGAAAUCGGACAGAGAAUCAGACUGAGCGAAGGCGACAUCGCGCAAACGAAUCUUUUGUACAAAUGUUACAAAUGCGGCAGGACUUUGCAGGAGAAUAGUGGUAGCUUUGGAUCACCGAAUCACCCGAACAAUUCUCCGUCUAUCGACGGAGAACGAUGCGAAUGGAGGAUCACGGCGACGCAUGGGGAACGUAUCGUCCUAAACAUCACCUCUCUCGAUAUAUUCAAAAGUGAUUUCUGCCGCAGCGAUUACCUCGAAAUUCGAGACGGAUACUGGCACAAGAGCAACGUAUUAGGUCGAUUUUGCGGCAGCGGUAAGAUGAAGGAGCCCGUGGUUUCGACUGGAAGUCGCAUGUUGGUAACAUACGUAACAUCCAGUCGACAAAACGGCCAUCGUGGUUUCACAGCGAAUUACGAGGCUGUUUGCGGCGGCGAUGUCGAAUUGGACGGCGUAGGUCAUCUAGAAUCACCAAAUUAUCCGGAGGAAUAUCAGUCCAGUAAGGAGUGCGUGUGGAGACUGUCCGUGCCUCGAGACUAUCAAGUGGCUUUGAAGUUUCAGUCUUUUGAGAUCGAGAACCACGACAAUUGCGUGUACGAUUAUGUCGAAGUGCGUGACGGACAUAACGAGGAUUCAGCCUUAAUCGGGGUUUAUUGCGGGUACAAGGUACCGCCGGAUAUCAAGUCGACGGGUAAUCAAUUAUUCGUCAAAUUCGUCAGCGAUGGUUCCGUACAAAAGGCUGGUUUCUCGGCGACUUUUAUGAAAGAAUUCGACGAGUGCAAAUUAACAGACCACGGUUGCGAGCACGAUUGUAUCAAUACGCUCGGUGGGUAUGAAUGUUCUUGCAAAGUUGGUUUCGAGCUGCAUUCCGACGGGAAACACUGUGAAGACGCAUGCGGUGGAUUUUUCGACGAUAGUAACGGUACCAUUACGAGUCCGUCGUUCCCCGAGUCAUAUCCGGGAAAUAAAAAUUGUGUCUGGGAAAUUAUCGCUCCGCCUCAAUAUCGCAUAACUUUGAACUUCACACAUUUCGACUUGGAGGGCAAUAACAUGUAUCAGGAAGAAUGCGAGUACGAUUCAGUGGAAGUGGUGAGCAAACUCGGCGAGGAUGUUUACAGAAAGCACGGGAUAUUUUGCGGUGCGCGAUUGCCACCACUGAUUACAUCCGAAGGCAAUUUUAUGAGAAUCACCUUCACAUCCGACAACAGUGUUCAGAAAUCGGGCUUUGCUGCCGUAUUCUUCACGGAUAUGGAUGAGUGUGCGAAUAACAACGGAGGGUGUCAGCACGAAUGCAAAAAUACGAUAGGUUCUUACCAGUGUUCGUGCCACAACGGUUUUACGCUUCACGAAAACGGUCACGAUUGCAAAGAGGGUGGUUGCAAGUACGAGAUCACCGCGCCCAUGGGGACGAUUACUUCACCCAACUAUCCGGAUUAUUAUCCCGGCCGUAAGGAUUGCGUUUGGCAUUUCACCACGAGGCCGGGCCACAGAAUAAAAUUGAUUUUUCGAGUUUUCGAGAUGGAACCGCAUCAAGAAUGCGCGUACGAUCACAUAGCAAUUUAUGACGGAGAUUCGCCAGACAGCAUUACCUUGGGCAGAUUCUGCGGUACCAAGGAACCACAUCCAAUUCUUGCAACCGCCAAUCAAAUGUACAUGGUCUUCAAAAGCGAUGCUUCCGUGCAGAGGAAAGGAUUUCUCGCGACCCAUAGCACAGCUUGUGGUGGUCACCUUAUGGCAACGGAUAGAGCUAAGCACUUGUAUUCUCAUCCUAAAUACGGUUAUCACAAUUACGAUCACAGAACUGACUGUGACUGGGCGAUAGAGGCACCGCUUGGCAAAAACGUUCACCUGACUUUCAUUUCAUUCCACCUCGAAUACGAAAGCGAAUGUGGAUACGACUUUGUCGAAGUCUUUUCUGGUUUGGACGCAUCUAGUCCACCUUACGGACGAUAUUGCGGCAAUUCCAAUACCACUGACUUUAUGUCGAUGAACGAAGCGCUGUUGAUAAGAUUCAGAACGGAUGAUACGAUCGCCAACAAAGGCUUUGCGGCUAUUUUUGUGGCGGUCGAUCGGCAGGAGAGCGAGGAAAAUCUCGGCGGCGAAGACGAUGAAGAAAAUCUUUGAUCUUUACUCAUCUCAAUCUGUCCGUCGAUUGGAAGCGACUAUUUCGACACUUACAACAUCACUCGCGCGACAAUAUGUUAGAUGCAUAAAGUCAUAAGUAAGAUGUAAUUUUUACAUAUCGGAUGACAUGUUAGUUCGACGCUUUGAUCGAUAAUCCUCGUAAUCAUAUAUCAUGUAAUUGUUUUAAUGCGACACUAAAUACGAUCGAGGGUUGUUGUAAUAGAAGGAGGGAUAUCUUCUCCCUUACGUCUCAAUCGCUACCGGUGGUGAUAAUUAUGUGUUACAAAUUAUUGGAUUGUCCGACAAGUACGAGUUUCAACGGAUGCCUCUGUGGAGCAUUGCGUAAGCUGUCGAUUGAAAGUAUAUGAUAUCUGUAUAUCGUUCGAUAAGUGAUAUUUCAACGCGUCAUUUGGCAAAUGUUUAAGCACGCGCAUGGUUCGACAGACAGCGCACUGGUAUGCUAUACUGUAGAGGUCUCACCUACCGGUGGAACCAAGAUAUUUUCAUACGCUCGUGUCUCCUUUCCGAUGGGCUGGCAAACCACCGAGAAUAUGUUUGCCAUGAAAACCUCAAACAAUCUGCUGUUCGGAAUCGACGUUAAACCGUAGGUCUCAUGUAUAUAAUUUGCGUGCGCAUCUCAAAUAUAUGCGAGAAAAGAGAUAGGCUAGUCCUACAAAGGGCUGUAGCACCAAUAAAAAAAGGACUCGGCAAAUGUUUGGUUGAGAUCGAUUGAAUCUGUGCGUUGUUACUGAGUUUUGAAGAUGGAAGAUAAAAAUAUAUAUCAUCGGUAUGUUUUUCUAGUACGGUGAAGGGAAAAACGCUGCGCGGACGGAGUGGGCGAAAUUUUUGGAGUGUACGGAUGCUCAAUCAAUCGUUUGAAAGUGGUUAGUUAAAUUUAAAACGGGUAAUUUUGACGAUGCGAAGUGCUCCGGAGGACUCUUUCGGAUAAUCUAAAACAACCCACUCUGAAGAAAUCAUAAAUGUUCCAAAAAAGUGCUAUUCAUGAUCAUUUGGUGAAUACGUUUCACGGCAUGAUGUUUAGGUUCCACAUAAUUUGUCCAAAACAAACAUUGACUGAUUUUCCAUCUUCAUGUGUUGCUCAAACGCAACGACACAUUUCUGAAACAUGACGAAAAAUGUAUUUCUUACGACAACGUUGUGCGAGAAAGCUGGUGAACAAAAACAACACCAGACAAACUGAUAUUCAUGUGUUGUGCUCUGGUGGGAUUAGAAGGAUAUUUUUUAUCAUAAACUGCUCCCACGGAACUGAACCAUAAAAUUUGGACAAUUUGAAACAUCCAAUAGAAGUGGUCAGAAUUCGCAAAUGGGAAAGGUGUUUCACCAAAAUAACGCUAGACCUCAUAUAUCUUUGAUCAUUCGAAAGAAGUUGCAUGGCUUGUAUCCGCCGGACAUUGCGCUGGUUUAAAUUCUUUGAAUGGGAAAACAUUCGACCGUUUGUAAAAGAUCAUGACUUCUUUGCCUUCAAAUCAGCCAAGUUCUUCUUCGAGGGCGAAAUUUUACGGUUGCCGGAAAAAUGGGUUAAAAUAGUGCAACAAAAUGAUGGAUACUUUGAAUAAAGUUUCAAUUUAGUAUUCAAAAAUUGCGUUUCAUUUUAACCCGAAAAACUCGUACGAACUUUUCGGACAACCCAAUAUAUCCGUCAACAAAAAAAAUAUUUCAUAUUUAAUAUUUGGCCUGCGGGAUAUCAAUGUGCCAUAUGAUACAUUAAAUGAUAUUAUACUUUCGAUUGGUUGAUUCGGAGAAAGAUAAAUAUAACGUUAUAUAAGUGGAACUCCUGCAGCGAAUCAAUAGCAUACAUACGUAUAUAUAAUUAUCACGUAUAAAAAAACCUAUAAUGUAUAAUGAAUAGACAUCAAUCUACGCGUCGAUACCGUUUUCAUAUGGCACUGCCGAGGUGACUUGAUGCUUCAUUUGACACAUUAUAAUGGAUCGCAACGGGAAAAUAGUAUGGAAAUUUGCAUAAUAAUACCCAAUGUUACGAGCGUCGUAUAAUACUGGUUGAUAAUAUCGACGAUCAACAUUUUCAUGAUAUCCUGCGUAUAAUGCAUCGUCAUGUACGGAAAUAUGUGUAAGUUCUUGUCCGUAAGUUCUUGCUCGGAAGCACUGUAUUUAAAAUGAUAUGAGAGCCAACAGUGUUUUUAGAUUAGAUAUUUCGUUGUUUUUUUUUUUCAGUGUUACAAUAUUGCGUGCAAAUUUUAACACAUGUCAAAUGUAUAAUAUCCGUAUGUGUGUCUAUGCACGCAUGCAUGAGAGAGUAUUCGAAAUCUCGUCGAACGUGCGUUUAUUGUAUAUAGAUGAUGAUAAUUAUAAAUACUACGUCGUUUUAUAUGUAGUGGCGGCAUUUAGUAGUUUAUCAAAAUGUCAAAUAAAUAUUGGAACGUUUACUUUUUAUA